UUUAAGCUGUUAUCUGGUGUAAACUCUAAAAAGGGAGCGCAAAGGUUGAUCAUCGCGUGCUGUUGUAAGGUUUUGGAUAGAGUUGAAGCCAACCUGUCAAACUGUUUGGAUGAUCUGUCCUCACAAUCCUCCACCUGCAACCUCACAUCACGGCAAGGGAAAUCUCUCCCAAGGCUAAAUAAUCCUUGGAAUUUGGCACACCUUUUUUUCCCGGACCGCAUCAUGUCCAUGGACGUGAUGAUCCCCCGACCACCAGACAUGAUGUCAAAUGUGUCCGUCAUCUACAAAAAGCUGUCCGCGGGGACUUUGAACAAUUCUCUCCAGCCAUGAGACCAAAGCUCUAAACGGAAAUCCGCGGCAUUCACCCAGUCGAAAGCAUAAACAUGCAACGUAUAUGAUCCGUAACCAUAUUUUUGUCAAAUGCGCAUGUUGCUCCGGAUUUCAUCGUUCCAAAUCCCGAUCACCAGCAACCGGAUGCAUCACAGACUAAAAUAAUCACACAACCCCGCCCGGCACAUGAAUGAGCGACGACUAUCCCCAAAACACAAACUCAAACUCCCGCGGGCUUCUGAUCCACAUGUCAUGGUAAACCGGAGGAUUAAAAAUAAAGGCAAUGACCCAAUGAAAGACACAUGUGGUAAUCAAAACAAAAAACGUCAAUGUGUUGACCUUUGCCCGUCAAUUCGAUGCGGUCAGCCCCUAAACAAUGGGCCAGUCGAUGAGGGUUUUAUUUUGACGUGAAGUCCGAAGUGUAUUUCUCCGCCGAUUUUUUUGCACAGCCGGGAGACGGCUGAAUUGCUAGUGUGGGGUAGAUAUGCAGAGAGUACAUAAAAUGAGUGUACACUCUUGUCCAGGAUUUUGCAACAAUUCGCCAACGACUUGACCUUUGUCACAAUGGAAAUGCAACGAUGCAAUGCAACACUGAACCCACUCCACUCUUGCCUCGAGGACAGUUCACCAUCCACUUCCCAGAUAACGCUACCAUGUGAACCACAGACAUUUCACAUCUUUGAAGAAUAUCCAAAAAUGGAGCGAUCCAAUGCUACAUCUACAUUUUUCCACUCAAACCCCAGUUCACCUCUUAUCUCAUAUACAUCCAUUCUUUCGGAUUUUGAUACACGACCCGUCCAUGCACUUUGUACACUUGCAUCUAGCAGCCCCGGAAGUGAGAUAACGAUGGAUGGAGGGAGGAAGCCAAGGAGGUUUUGGAAGGUGUUCAAAUUUUGGACUCACGAUGGAUGUUAGUUAUGGAGAUCCAUCCACCAGGACGGAUGGCGUUCUGAGGAUGCUUUGGACAUAUGCGAGCAUCUUCAUUUGAGAUCAAGUUACAUAGCAAGUAGAUGCCCCGUUUAGCGCUGCUUCCUAGUAGUAGCAUAAUAUUGCACUGAGCAAAACAUCAUUGCAAAGUAUGCUGGUAUUUUUCAUAUAUAUAUAUAUAUACUUCAACAUUGUUUACAGAAAUCCGCAA